CUCAGCCACUUCAGGAACAGUUCGACGCUCAAAUUAGAAUUGUUUCCGGUUAAAUUGGGGUCAAACAGAGGGGAUUGCACAUUACAAGACAUCACAAUGCUUAUACGAAGGGUGUUACAAUGUGGAGUGACAGCUUUAAAGUCACGCAGGACCGUUCACCACAGUGCUCAAUGGAGGAGUCCUCUCGUACCUAUCGUUGUGGAGCAGACGGGUCGAGGAGAGCGUGCGUAUGACAUCUACUCUCGUCUUCUGAGGGAGAGGAUCAUCUGUGUAAUGGGGCCGAUUGAUGACUCUGUAGCCAGUCUGGUUAUUGCUCAACUACUCUUUCUGCAGUCAGAGAGCAACAACAAACCCAUCCACAUGUACAUCAACAGUCCUGGCGGUGUUGUGACGGCAGGCCUAGCCAUCUACGACACCAUGCAGUACAUCCUCAACCCAAUCUCCACGUGGUGUGUGGGCCAGGCGGCCAGCAUGGGCAGUCUUCUCCUAGCUUCGGGCACGGCCGGCAUGAGGCACUCCCUGCCCAACGCCCGCAUCAUGGUGCACCAGCCCUCCGGAGGAGCCAGGGGUCAGGCUACAGACAUCGCCAUUCAGGCUGAGGAGAUCAUGAAGAUAAAGAAACAGAUCAAUCAACUCUACGCUAAACACACUGGCCAGCUGUUGACACAUAUAGAGAGUGUGAUGGAGAGAGAUCGUUACAUGAGCCCCAUUGAGGCACAGGACUUUGGGAUCAUCGACCGAGUGUUGGUGCAUCCUCCCCAGGCGGGCCAGGAUGACCCAGAGCUGGUCCAGAAGGAGCCCCCUACCGCCAUCUGCCCCUCGCCAGCCUCCGCCACCGAGCAGAGCCCCCCCGGGACCAACCCCUCCUCACACAAACCCGAACCCUGACCUCAGACUACCAGGAAGCAGUCCCACACCCAAUCACAAGCCAUCCUCUAUCUUCUACCGACACUUCUGUAGAUCGGAAUGGAUUGGACA